AAGGGAAAGACAUGCUGUUUGUGUGUUAACCUGUUAGCAUUUCCUCACUUUCACAUUCAGAAGACAGGGACCAAGCAUUAUAUCAUUUGGAUUAAGGUUUCCCACCUAAUGAAUACGCACAUGGAAUUACACAAUCCUGCCCAGGGGAAAACCGGAGAUGGCAUAUUUAAGCGUCAAAGCAAUGACGACUCUUUGCACUCUCACUGAAUGCCUUCAGGCACAUCAUAACACUUAGUUACUACAGCCUCACACAUUGACACAGACCGGCAGAGGAGCCACACCAACUAUACAAACAUGGAAAUCAGCAAAGUGUGUGCAGUGGCAGCCCUGUGCUCCCUCGUCAUCCUCACCACCUUUAUCGGCAGCACAGAGUCAGCGAGCUGCUGCCUGAGGUACGCCAGACGUCCGUUGCCAUGCAAACGGCUGCUGGGCUACACCGUGCAGAACAUCAACACUUCCUGUGACAUCAAUGCCAUUAUGUGAGUUAACGUGUCAUAGUUUCCUGUCAGGAUACAAUGUUACAAAUCAGGAGUGAAAUUAUAUCACUUAAGAACAAUAGCAUAAAAUAUCAAACCGGUCAGGUCUCUGAUAUUGACUUUUUAGGCAAGUUGUCCAUUAUAUAAAAUAAAAUGUGCAGAAUAGCCUACAAGAAGAAUAAUUUCAUCAUCAAUUAAUCUGCAGACUAUUUUCUCAAUUGAAAACAUUGAAAAAUGCCUUUUACAUUAUCUCAGAACAGUUAAAACCCCAACAUAUAUUUAUUUAUUUAUGUUUUAAAUGAUCACAUUUGAGAAAUUCUUUCCAUAGACUAAUCAAUUAUUUGACUAAUCGCUUUGUCUCUAGAAUCAGGAUCUGAAUCAGAAAGCUUUAUUGUCAUUGAACAUGGCUCUAAUGCAACUCCCCUCAGUGCACAGUCA